AUUUGCAUAAUUUCAAGUCGGUCCAAGGUGAUAUGCAAGCCUCAGUUCAAUACUUGUCAUAUCACAAGACAUCAAUUAAUCUGCCAACAGAGUUAAGAACUACAGAGAUCAUACAUUAAGAAACAUACAUGCAUGCGAAACUCUCAGACCUGCAGAAAGAGGACACUGCUAUGUUUCCAUGCAACUUCUGGAGGAGAGUUGAGGUAUCAAAAAUUCCACUAUGACCCCCGAUCCUUCCAGAAGUGCCACGACAUCAAUCAACAACGUCAUACUGCCCUGCCGCGACUCUAACACGAGAUGGGACAUCGAAGUGGCCCAUGGUUCUGUGAAGACUAUACAGCCUUGUGCUGAUAAUGGACCAAAAUCCAAUAUUGUUCCCAUCUUGCUGCCGGCGCUCUGCCAUCCGCACAUACAUUUGGAUAAGCCUUAUAUCCUCACUUGCAACCACACGCCUACACCCGCUCAUCCCGAUUAUUUUGAUCUCGCGCCGAGCUCAGGAUCCUUCAGCGAGGCACUGUUGAAUACUUCCAGGGCCAAGAAUAGAUACACCGCCGAGGACCUCUAUCUCCGCGGCUGCCAGCUUCUGGCGACGAGCUAUACUCAAGGCGUGACCUCAGUCCGUGCUUUUGUCGAGCUAGAUCAUGUCACGGGAAGCCUCGCCUUAACGACGGCAAUUCAGUUGAAGAGGGAAUUCUCUCAUAUUAUUGAGGUACAGAUAUGUGCAUUCGCCCAGGAUCCAAUAUUCUCUACCAUGUACGGAGAGAGAAAUAGGUCCAUCAUCACUUCGGCGCUGGUUGAGCAUGGCGCAUGGAUUGGAGCUUUGGGGACCACGCCCUAUGUAGAAGCAUCGCGGGAGGCUUCUGAGAAGAACGUCGAAUGGGCUAUCGCAACGGCACUUGAAUAUGUUCUUCAUCUUGACUUCCACCUGGAUUACAAUCUUGAAUCAUGGUCCUAUUCCACUCCACUGACGUUUUCCGUGAUCGAGCUUCUGCAGAAGCAUCACUGGCCUACUGGGCCGGCAGCACCGACCGUUAUGCUUGGACAUUGCACACAGUUGACCACUCUACCCAAAUCAGACCUCAGCCGGCUUUCUGUGACAAUCUUGUCGACCAAAUUGCCGGUUCACUUUGUCGGUUUGCCAACCAGUGACUUGUUUAUGAUGGGUAGGCCUUCAGACGAUCAAGAAAGCAGCCCAUACUCGCGACCGCGUGGGACCCUGCAAAUUCCCUCUAUGAUAAAAGAUCUUGAGUUUUCAGCCUGUCUCGGUGUCAACAAUGUCGGCAACGCCUUCACUCCUUAUGGAACUGGUGAUCCUUUGCAAUUGGCUUGCUUCGGUGUCGGUGUUUAUCAAGCUGGGACCCCAGAAGAUGCGAAAACAUUGUACUCGUGCGUAAGUUGGCUUGCAAGAAGAGCUAUUGGCUUGCGGGCUCAGCAGGAUGGCGAUAUUGCCGUGGGCGACGAGUGGCAACCAAUGUUGCGGAUCGAGAACAAGCCUUACAUCACAGUUGAGGGAAAAGGAGGCCAGCCCGAUCUAAUCAUACCUGCAAGGCAGCGGUUGGACUUCAAAGACGUCGUAUGGGAUCCUCCCGAAGUUGGGUUGAGAUCCAUCGUCCGUGGAUGAGUCCCCGGGUCGGAUGCAUUAUAAUUUGCUUUCAAACAGUCAAGAGUAGAAAAACUGAAUGGAUUAUGAAUAACCGCUUUCCGGUGUCGGAUGGUAUUCAUUGACUUGUAGAUGUAAUGGCGAGCCAGGAUUAGUUCAGCAUAGACACGAC